GAGCCUCUGCACCUCUGCACUCACAGCUGGGGGCCCCUGGUGAGGGCCCCCACCCAGCGGGAGUGCUUAAAGACCCAAGUGGAUGGGGCCCCUCACUCCACUGGCAUCAUGGGCUCCUGGGCACUCCCCACAGCUCUCUUCCUCCUCUUCUUGGUCCCCGAGAGGAGCCUGCAAGGGGGGCUGCCCCCAUUGCCUCCUGGCCUGGGAAAAGGCUACGCCCCCCCCAGUGGCCUGGGAGCAGGACUCGGGAACGGAAAUGGGCUGGGCGCCCAGCCAGGCCCUCCAGCUCCCAAUGGCUACGCAGCAGGCAUUGGAGGGGGUAUGAAACCGCAUAAGCCAGGAUAUGGAAAUGGAAUGGGAGUGGGAGCCUUCCCAGGGCUGGGGGCCCAGCCAGGGUUUGGCAAUGGCAAUGAGAUGGGAGCUGGAGCCUUCCCGGGAGGCCUAGCCCAGCCAGGCUUGGCAGGGGGCGCGAAGCCUCAGAAACCAGGAUACAGCAAUGGAAACAGUCUGGGGGCCCAGCCAGGUGGAGGCGGCCAAGUGAGAGGGUUUGGGAAUGGAAAUGGACUGGCAGCCAGGACCUUCCCAGGAGCUGGAGCCCAGCCAGGCUAUGUAGGGGUGGCGAAGCCCCAGAAGCCAGGACCCCCAACUCAGAAUGGCUACGGAGCAGGCCUGGCCCAGGGCGGAUUUGGAGCAGGCUUUGGAGGGGGCAGGAAACCUCAGAAGCCAGGCUACGGGAAUGGACAGGGAGCCCAGCCAGGCUAUGGAGGGGGCCUGAAGGCCCAGAAGACAGGUCCCCCAGCUCAGAACGGCUAUGGAGCAGGCAUCGGAGAAGGCGGAAAACCUCCCAAGCCAGGGUACCCAAAUGGACUGGGAGUUGGAGCCUUCCCAGGAGAGGGAGCCCAGCCAGGCCUGGGCGGGGCCAGGAAACCUCCAAAGCCAGGACACCUGCUGCCCGGGAAUGGGCUGGGGCUCCCGCCAGGCCUGGGAGCAAGCGUGAAACCUCCAAAGGCAGGGCACCGCAAUGGCAACGGGCUGCUGGCUCAGCCAGGUCCCUGCAGGCCUCCCACGCCAGGGGUCCCUGCGGAUCAAGCAGGAGGCUGGCGCCUGAAGCCCCAGCCCCCAUCCCCCGCACAGAAUGGCGAGUUCCCAGCACCCACCCAGGCCAUCCAGUGGGGACCGAAGGCUCACAAAGCAGGAUACCAACCUGUUCGUGGUUACGGUUACAGACCAAGAACAGAACUGGGCUUUGGUGGUGGCCUCAAGCUGCAGACAGUCGGUUUUGGUUACAGGAAUGGCAUUCUGGGAGCUGGACUCUUCCCCGAGGCCCGGCCGCAGCCAGGGUUCCCGGACACCGACGGCUUUGGGAACGGGUACAGCGAGGAGGCCCCUGUGUACUCCGAAGUGGCAGCAGUAGCCCCUGGAGGAGAGGCUGAGGCCGGAGCCCUUCUCGACUCUCCCUGGCCUGCCGCCCAGCCCUGGAAGAGCAGCCGCCUGAAGCCAGGAUAUGCCUACGCAGGGCUCAGGAGCCGGCCCGGGCUCUACGGGCAGCUGAAGCCGGAGCUGGGCCCUGGGCCGCUGGGGGCCCCUGACAUGAAGACAGGCAGCCGUGGCCAGUGAGGAAGCGAUUAUGGAGGCCCCUGACCUCCAGUCUCCGUGUCACAGCUGGCCAGAGGCCCAGGGAGUCCAGAGCCGGGCCUGGGGCUCCCCCAGCGAGAAGUAUCAAUAAAGGCGAUGUGUUUCCC